ACUAUUAUAGCACAACCUUCUAGCCAGUCUUCUCUACAAGCUACAGAGUCAAUUGAGGAAUUAGCUUCUACAAGCCAAAUGAGGCCUACAGAAAAUGUUUGUCAAAGAACCCUUUCGUCAUCUUCGAUAACAACACAUAGUUUAGGAUCAGCGGAUACAUUGCCUGAUAUUCCCUGCAGUACACCCGUUGACAAUGCCAGAAAUUCGAGAGAAGUCAUGAAUAUCUUCAAUCAAAUUAUAUCCGGAGGUAUAGAAGAAGGUAACGAAGAAGAAAACACACAAGAUGAUAUUAGUAGUGGGGAAAUAAUACUAAGGACUGUAGACCCUUUAGAAGAAGAUUCACAAAUGACUAUAAUUGAAGAGUCCUUGUCAGGGACAAAUACAUCUGCCCAAUCAAGGUCCCAUCAACAACCAGAGUCUACAAUGUCUACACCAAUACCUGAAAUUGAAAAUGCUGCUAAUAUAGCUAAUAAUCCAAUUGAAGCUGCCCCUGAGACAGACGCAUUACAGGAGAUGGUGGGAAUAGCACGCAAUUUUAGGGAUGAACAAAACAAAGUAAUUGAGAUGUUUGGAAAUUUUUUAAAGGAUAGGAUAAGAAUAGAGGAGCAAAAAAUAGAAAUUGAAAGGGAAAGAAAUGAGAUAUUUAGAGCUGGUUUUGAAAAUUUAAGUAAAUGCGUAGAAUCAAUAUCAAACUUAUUCUCCGCAUCAUCAUCACCAAACCCACAAUUUCAAGAAUAG